AUGGAACUAGGACAUUUCGAUCAACGAGGAGGUCCGGACAAAGUUCUGCCUAAAGGCAAUGGAAUGCCUCGUCAACACCGUUUCCGACUGGAAGCGGAAGUGGAAAAUAGACGGCGACGACACGAAGCCGAGUUAGUGACUCCGCACACUUCUGGCCAAGUACCAUUUGCGGGAAGACGUCUGAUGAUGGCAGAGGAGAACGGAGGAGAGCUUCCUCCAAUGACGAAGCUCACUCACCGGAAGAAGGAUGAGACUUUUGUAGAUGCUUGGUCAGAGGAGAUCUACAACGAAGCUAUGACGAGGAUCGCAGGAAGGGAGACCCAUAUCACACUUGACGGUACUAUCCAAGUACCUUUGACCGUCCUCAAGGAAGUCAAGAUUUUCGAAAAGGUUUCUCCGAGGAAGAAGGGUCGCAUCUUAUGGAUGGGCUCUAUUAGAGACUGUCCCGUCGCCUCGUCUUCGGGAAGCCACACGUACGAGGAUCCGGCUCAACUGCGACAGGAGCUUGCUACAGCCAAUGCUGAGAUCACCAGCUUACGGGAUGAGCAAGUGGUCCAGAAGCAGAAGAUCUCCGAGAUUAACGGUCUCUUCGAUGUCAUAGCGGCAGCGGUUCCGCAGUUGGCUGUCGCAAUCCGAGAAAGGCAACGCCGGUCACGGAGUCUUAGAGGGGCUUCUUCCGUUCGAUCUUCUGAUCAGGAUCAGACUUCGGCUCCCGUAGUUCAGAUGGGAAAUGACGGUACAGCGGCUUCCGGCUGA